AUGGGCGGUGAGGCCUCUGAGGAGGAGGAGGAGGAGGAGGGGGAGCGGCGCCCGCAGGGCCACGAGGGCGGCGGCACAGGCCCCUCCAAUGCGCCGCGCCGGUGGGGCGGCGGCCGGGGCGCCUCGCCUGACCUGCCGAGGCGCGUCAACGGCGGUGGCAGCGGCUUGGCUGCCACGCCGUCACUAGAGGCGCGCGGCGGCGGCGGCGGCGGCGGUGGUCGGGGGCUCAAGCGUCGGCGGCUGCUGGAGGGCACAGGCGAUGCGGAGGCCGCGCAGGUUCCGGUGGCGCGCGGCGAGGCGGCGGCGGAGCCGCGAGUGCUGCACGGCUCGGGCUGCCGCGGUCGGGGCACAGAGCCGUUCACAGCGAGUGCGGAGGAAGACGAGUCUGGCGGCAAGGAGGUGUAUGACGACGCGGCCUUUGGUGCCUCGCCGUCAGACAGUGAUGACAAGGGUGUGGCCGAGCAGGGCGCGGGCCGCGCGCGGCGCUCGGCAGCAGUCGGAGCGCAGCUGCGUUGGCGCGAGCAGCGGCGGUUGGGCGGUCUGUGA